GUCAGAGGUCAGCCGGAACAAAACGAUCAGUUGUUUAGUUGUGCCGCUGGGGACGCGAUCGGACGCCAAGCGUUGUCUGGAACCUCCUACAACCUUGGUACAACUAUAACUUAAGUGUGCAUCGCUUUCCCAAUAGGGCGUGAUUUUAAGAAAAGUACACACAACAGGAGCAGUGAUUUCAGCUGGGGAUAGCACAGAGACGUCGUGUGUUCUGGAACGGGAGUUCGGCGGGACCAGCGGAGGUAGCGAGGCGGUGUUGUCGGGGAAACAUGCCGCGGAAGGCGCUGAAAUGUGUGGUGGAUCUGAGCGUUCACGCCGUGACAUGUCCAGGUGUAUUCCUGAGGGAACGUGAUGAUGUGUACCUCAGCACCUGUAUCCUGGGUCGCUACAAGAGAACCAAACUCCUCCCCCCUGUCUUCCCACUGCUGUAUCAUGAGAAAUUCAAAUUUGAAAGAACCUUCUUGAAUGCAGUGGACCCUGCACAAGUCGCUGACAUCUUAGAAGAUGACCAUGUACUCUUUGAGCUGAUCCAACUCAACUACUCAGGUGGAAAGGUUCUAGCCCGGUACCAGGCCCCAGCCAGGGACUUCCUGUACCCGUACCCCACCCUGACACCUGCCUAUCCUGGUGCAGACAGGGAGGUCCUCAUGGACAGGGCCUGGGACUUUCCUGGAAUUUCACCCAAACUAGAGUUUUCCACAAAGACGACGAUCAAGGAAUGGAGCACGAAGACAUCAGGAGUAAUCAGGGAGCUGUCGGCAAGUGCUUCUGAGGACGACCUUUCUGUCUCAAGGUCUUCACGCAGAAGAAAGAAACAGAAGAAACCGAAGGGGUACGAAGAACCCACCAUUUCUUCCCGCGCCCGCUCGCCCUCCCCCUACACCAAGAGGAGAACGUCUGGUCGAAACAACAGCAAAAUAGUGGAACCCAGGCCGCCAUUUGUAGUCAGAAAUGUUGAGGACAAAAUACUGGAGGGUGUACCGGCAUCUCCUCCACGGAGUCCCUCACCACGGAGGCCUUCCUCAGCCCCCUUGAGUAGUUCAAGAAAAAGAAGUUCAAGAAGCCUCAGAAAGGUUGUGGAGCCUUUGGUGCAAGAACGCAUCAGCUCACUGGAUGACGACACAGAUGACACAGCAGAACUGAUCAGUUCAGCGUACAGGAGCCCGAGGUCGACAUCACCUGCACGGCUGUCACCACGGCGACUGUACUCAGCCCCGCCCGCCUCUCCUCCCCUCAGCCCCUCCUCACUCAGGAGCUCCUUAAGAGACAGGUUUGGGAAUCAGGACUACUUUGAUGUGAUCCAUGGUCGAGUACAGAGGCUGCUGAGUCAGAGUGAGCUGGAUAGACUGGAGCGCAGGCUUCAGGAUGAUUUGGACCUUGCUGAACUGCGUCGUUCCCUAAGCCCACGUCCCUUGUCCCCCGGGAGAAGGUAUUAGUUUUGUAUGAAGUGUUGUGGUGCGGCUGAGUGAUGACAGUUACUGGUCCCCUAAAGCCAGCAGCUGGUCAGAGCUGUCUCACAGACAGCGGUUUGAGGACAGCAUGUCCAGAGUCUACAGCGGGCUGUACAAAUCUGCCAGGUCACCCUCAGCACUCAUGUGAAGGGCCUGAUUCUCCAGCUUACAUCUAGUCUUACAUGUACAAUGUUUAAAUUGUAGUGUUCAGUAACUUUUCUUAUUUCUGUUUUUGUAAAGUUGGCUUGUUAUAACAAUAUCUUCCUUUCCG